AUGUUGCCAAUGGGAUUAAUAUUUCUGAUAUUAACUUUUGUUAUCUAUAUUAUUACAGGUAAUGUCUUCAUCUUUCUUUUGUUUCUUUUUAUUUCUUUUCUAUACACUCACACGGCUCAAUUUCAUACCAUUAAAGAAACACACCACACAAUUAGACUUCCAGAUAUUACUAAAGAACAUAAAAUAGCAUUAGUCUCAGAUUUACACUUCGAUGAAAACAAAAUUUCAUACCACCCCAAACUUAUUCAAGAAGUCGUUGAAUCGUUGAUGACGUCGAACCCCGACAUCAUUUUGUUUUUAGGAGACUUUAUUCAAAAAGACCAGAAAUAUGCACUUCAGUUCAAGUGGGCUUUUACAUCCAUCACAAGUAAAAUUCGGUGUAUUGCAGUCUUAGGAAAUCAUGACAUCUUAGAUGGAAACCCUCCGUUAUAUCUGGAGAACAUCUUAAAGUCGAUGAAUGUUGAAUUGUUAGUCGACAAACUCACCAAAAUCGACGACUUGAAUGUCUAUGGCAUUCACUAUUACACCUCAAAACACAAUUUAAAAUUUCCAAAGGAAUUAUCGUGUGAAGAUAAUGUACUUCUCUUAUCACACACUCCAUCGGUACUCUGUGACAAUGUGUUUCUCAAAUCUUCCUCAAACCAUGAAACACCAAAGAUAGUUGGGGUCUUUUGUGGGCACACACAUGCUGGACAAGUCGCUCUUCCUUUUGUAGGAUGUCCACUUGUAUUGUUUCCUGAGUGGUCUGUAAAAUGGUGGAGAAGAAUGUAUUUAAGACUGUUGGAUUUGAAGAGGUGGAAAUAUAUUACUGGAAUACACUAUAUACCAUUUCCUCUUGUUAUUACUAGUGGUGUCGGGUCUCACUAUGGGUUCAGAUUUAAUUGCCCCCCUGACGUUGUCUUCUUACAUAUAAAACCAAUAAAUUCAAUGUAA